AUGAUGCGCGUCACAACUAUAGUUAUAGCUUUCCUUUUGAUUAUUCAAUCCCUAGAAGAGGAACAUGUCCUAGUCUAUGCUCAUGAAGGCAGAGAAGCUGGCCACAAGAGUCUUGCCUACCAUAGAGAUCAAGAUUCAUCGAAACAACAUCCUCAAGUUUUAUACGAAUUUGCACCGAGGAAACUAAGAUCGGGAAGAACAACAAGAGCCGAGAAGAAACAAGAGACCGCGAACAAUAAUACUUGGAGUUUCAAGAUGUUAGCUGCAUCAAAGGAUUUGACGGCUGGUCGUAAAUUAGGGUUUCACAAAAGAAGAGAGCAUAAGGAGACCAAUGUAUUGGCAGAUCAUGACACCACUAAGCAUACAUCUUGUAAGAAGACGAUGACCAUAGUCAAUGACCUCGCCAAUCGUAAUAGUCUUUCAAGACUUGAACCAUCUACUUCAGCCAAGGAUAUAAAGAAACUGGCUCGAUUCUUACGCAGUGAUUAUCCAACUCGUGGUAAGCCUCGACGCGAGCCUCCAAUCAAUAAUCGAGCUCCUGACAUGGUCUAAAUAAUUGUGGAUCGGUUGAACAAAGAUAUUGAGUUACUUAUA